AUGGAAGUCUUAGACGAAGCGCUCAUUAAAUGGCUAAGUGCGGGUGAGAUAUCCUAUUAUAAGAGGGCGGGUAGCGCAGUGUUAGUGGUGCUGAUCACCACGAACAAGAUGCAGGAGAUCGCUGAACAAACCGGUGACCAUGAAGCGGUUCGACGUCUCCAACAAGAACUCGAGGAAUUGGAUUCAAGAGCGGACAGAGCGGAUAAGAAACGAUGUGCUGAUAUAUCGGCGAUCAACUGGAUAAACCAGCGCAAUCGUAACAAGAUGAAGGAGCAGUUUCUCAGCGAUAAGGUCGAGAUCGAUUUAGGACAUCAAGACGAUCCAUUUACACGCAAAAAGGAACGGAUGAAGGUGGUUUCCGGCACCAAAAGUAUUUUGACCACAAAUGAGGCUGGAUCGUCAAGUGAGUCCAUUUCUAUAUUAAAUAGAGCACCAACUUCGUCAGCAACUUCCUCCAAGACGAAGCCGUCGUCAUCGUACACACCGGCUAGUGGUCCGUCGCCGCAGUUCUCAAAAAGUGCUAGCAAUCUUUUCGAUUUACAUGGUAGUAUCAAAAAGGUCGAUCUUGACAUAGACUUAGGAAAACUAACACGGCCAACAACAAGUCGAGUCGACGAGUUAUUACAUCUGCCAUCUCCACGCCCAACAGCUCCUCCAAAUUCAGGAUCACGACCACUUUCUUUGGAGGACUAUCGUCGUCGUAAGGCAGCGGCUGCACAGGCGCCGUGA